GCAUGCCGAGCGGCCAGACCUGCAGGGGCUGAAAGGAGACGCCGGUCUGGCCCGCGAGAAGGGAGGAAAGAAGGAAAGCAAAGUUAUUUGCUUUGAAAUAGAGAAUGGGAUUGGCUGACAAUAUGGAUGGGGAUGGAGAUCAGAAGAUAAAGCCUGAAGCAGACAGGAAGAAUUGCAACAGUUUGAUUAUGGAUUUACAACUUACUGACACACCUGAAGCAGCUGCUUUUCCCAAUUUACAUCAAAGACUCUACAUCUAUGAGUUCGAAUCUCCUCCCAACGACAACUGUAAAUAUGAUCUUUUCCCUGAAUGGCAUUUGCCAAUGAAGACAGCACUGAUAUUAUCUUUGUUGACCUUUGCCUACACUUUUCUAAGAGACGUCAUCCAUCCUUUUGUAACUGCUCAAGAAAAUGUAUUUUAUAAAAUUCCAAUCCUGGUUAUAAACAAAGUCUUACCUGUUGUUUCAAUCACCCUUUUGGCUUUAGUUUAUUUGCCCGGAAUACUGGCUGCAGGUUUUCAGCUCCAUUAUGGAACCAAAUACAGACGCUUUCCACAGUGGUUGGAUAGAUGGAUGUUAUCAAGAAAACAGUUUGGACUUCUUGGCUUCUUUUUUGUGUCAAUGCACGCAUGCUACAGUUUGUGCUAUCCGAUGAGGAGAUCUUAUCGAUACAAGCUUUUGAACUGGGCAUAUCAACAGGUAAAGCAGAAAAAGGAAAAUGCCUGGAUUGAGCACGACGUUUGGAGAAUGGAGAUUUAUGUAUCUUUAGGAAUUCUGGGCCUUGCUAUCUUGGCACUGUUGGCAGUUACAUCAAUUCCGUCAGUCAGUCAAUCACUGACUUGGAGAGAGUUUCACUAUAUUCAGAGCAAGAUGGGAUACUUAGCUCUCCUGCUGUGCACCACUCAUGCACUAGUAUUUGCGUGGAAUAAGUGGAUCGACAUAGGCCAGUUCUUGUGGUAUACUCCUCCUACAUUUAUGAUAGCUGUUCUUCUUCCCAUAGUGGUUUUGGCUUGCAAGAGUAUCCUCCUUCUUCCAUGCCUUAGCAAGAGACUACAGAAGAUCAGAGCUGGCUGGAAUAAUAACACAAUGUCAAGCAGGGCACUGAUGGCUUCCAGAUUAUAGAUGAAUUGUGUCUGUAUUUUGCUGCCAAUGUUUUCAACCCCUAAGCAUGUAAAGAUCAUACCCAGGGAUGUCAUCUUAUGCAUAAACUACAGGGAGUUUAUUCCAUUAGACAGGAGUUUAUGUUCGAAUCUGUGUGCUUAACAUCACAUUGCGUAGGUGGAAAAGUAAGUGUGCUUUUUCUCCUAAUUAAGUAAUGUUCUUCCUUGGUUUAAGUGUUGUUCUAAGAAAUUCACUUGGGCUAACAGCUGACUUCAGCAAACAUUUGAAGUGGAUCUGUGAUGUUAAAUCUCCCAUUUGUGAAUUUCUCACCAAAAUUCCAAAGUUUUUGAGUUUAGUCCAAGCAAACUGUGAUAAUAGACAUAUUAUUACUCCGGUCGAUUCCCCACUCACUAUUAGAUGCGUGCUCGUCACUCCAAAUAUCAAGGUUUCCAGUAGAACUCCCCAUUGCAGCAGAGCUGAAAACGCUUUCAUCCCAUUUCCGGUGCCCCCCCCCCCCCACUCGUUUUUUAAGAACCUGGAAGAAAGUGGACCUUUUAAAAAAACGUGUGGUCAAUCUGGAGAGGUGGGGAAGUUGAGGGGGUGGGUGAAUCCAGAUUCAAACUACCCACCCUUGCGAGUGACAUGGAGCCUUCCAUCCAAUCAGGACACAGUGGGCUGUGCACGAUGCGCGCGCAGCCCUUUUUAAAAAAAAAAU